UGGUGGGUGAGCCGGGACCCCUCAAGGUCGAGGCUGAUGGAAGACAACGAUGAUGAUGAUGAAAAGCUCAAAGAAGAAAUAGAAGCUGAACUGGAGAAAAUCAGUAUUUCUUCCUUGGAUAAAGAUGAUGUUGACAGUGAUUCAGAAUCAGAAAUCCAGAGUGAUGAUAGUGAUACAGAUGUGGAUGAAUUGCCUGAGUCGGUUCUUCACUGUAUUGACGUCAUAAAGAAGAAGAGUAAAACUGUGGAAGAGCUCAUUCUUCAGGACUUGGAAGACACUGAUGUUUUAAGCUAUAGUUAUGGAGCAGUUUCUAAUAAUCAUACGCAUUUAAGGAUAGAAUUAUCAACUGAAUAUAAAGAAAAUCCAGAACAAUUAAUGAAGAUGUUGUCAGAAAUAGAAAAAGAAGAAUUUCUGAGGAGUGAAACCCAUCGUGGCAGUCGUGAUUCUGUUCUAGAGCCUGGUGGUCAUGAAUUGCCUGUGGAUGAACAUGUUUUGCCAGAUGAUGCUGAUAUAAAUUUUGGGUACUGUGAAGUGGAAGAAAGAUGUAGGCAGUCUUUUGAGGCUUGGCAAGACAAACAGAAAGAAGUAGAAGACCAAGAGAAAGAAACUCUCAAAGCUCAGAGGGAUAGAGAAGAAAAGCAAUUUCAAGAAGAAGAAGAGAAGAGACAUUGCUGGAUGAAACAAUUUGAAGUUGAAAAGAAGAAAUUAGAGAAUAUUCAGAAGCAAGAACAGGACAAGAUGAAUGACGAACUCCAUAAGGAAGAGAAAAUGUGGAAAGAGAAAUUUAAACAGCAUGAGGAGUUUAUUAGAAACUUGCAUUUACAAAUGGAAGAAGAAAGAACAAGAUUUAAAGACCUGCAGGAAAAAGAAAAAAUGCGUUUGUUAAAACUGCAGCAUAAUGCAGCUAUAAAAAUUCAAGCUAAAUAUAAAGCAUUUGUGGCCUACCAAAAAUAUGGCCCAAUCAUAAAAGAACAAAUAGAAAGUAAGAAAAGGAAAGCACAAGAGUGGAAAGAAAAGGAAGGAAAAAUAAGACAGAUAGAAGAAGAAAAACGAAAAAGAUUAGAGGAAGAACAGAGGAUAGAAGAAGAGAUAAAAAAGCAGAAGCAAGAAGAAAGGAAAAGGAGAGAAGAAGAAUAUGAAGAAAAAAAGAACCUCCUGAGAAGAGAAAGAGAGCAACUGUUAAACAAGGAAAAAUUAAGAUUGAAAGAAGAUGCAAGAAAACAGCUACUAAUAAGUAGAGCGUUACAGAAGGGAGACUAUAAUGCCAAACAUUUGACUGUCGAAGACACGUCAAAGAAUAAGGAUGAUGUAGCCAAAAAGCGAGGGGAUGAAAAGUCAAACAAGUUGGAAGAAGUCCCCCUUUGGCUAGUUGAAGAAUCGAGUAAGAGAAAAGAUGUAGAUAGACAGCUUGUAUUGAAAGAAUCAAUACAAGUGCAAUUAAAAGAAUCUAUAUCAAACCAAGAAAUUUGGGCAGAAUUUAAAAUGAAAGAAAAAAAUGAAAACCUAGGAAAACAACAAUGUUCAGAAAAAUUGGUCAAGCAAGAAAGAAAAUAUGAAAAUAUAUACAAAAAAACUGAAUUAGAAAAUCCAGAUCUAAAAGAAAAUGUGAAAGAACAGUUUCAGCUGCAAGAAUUAAAUUCUCAAACACAGAAAGAGGAAACCAUGAAACCUGCCGUUAAUGAGAAUAUGAGACAAGAAACCCAAAUGACAAUAUUAGGACAAAAUCAAGAAAUUAAUAAGGUGAAAAACAAUGAAGCACAGAAAAUAAUUAAAGAUAAUCAACAGAAUAAUAUACAAAAAGUAGAAAAAGAAGAGAUAUCAGAACAGAAUGGAACAUUGUAUAAAGAGAAUGAUAUUUCAGUGAUGUCAAUGAAACAAAAAGUACUACCACUAAAAUUAGAAAAUUCUGAGGAUACAGAGGAAAAUGUAAUACUACAAGAAAAGGACACUGAUUUAAAAUCUAAAGAAACAGAGGAGAACCCAAACGGCAACACUCUGAAUAGUGACAUGGUUUUUAACACCAGUGAUGCCACGAUUAAUGUAGAAGGCAAAAUAAACAAGCAAAGUUAUAUUUUAGGUAGACAAGUUCUUUGCGAAGACCUGGGUGGCUGUAAUGCAAAAAACUCCUUUGUUUUUAAAGAGGUAAACUUUCUGAACUCUCAGAUCAAAGAAAUUCCAGAAGAAUAUCUUGAAAAUAGAGCCAAGUGUGGAAGUAUAGUGACCUGCUCCGUACCAGAGCCGACACUUCUAUCUUCUAUUGAAGAAAAGAGGCUAGCUUGGAUAAAAUCAUUUAAACCUUGGUUUGAAAUUUUCAAGCAAAGUCAACAAAAGAAAAUUGUUAAGAGAAAGAGACUUGUAAAAUGCCCAGUCAACAUGAUGCCCCCUUUGAAUACACUGGAAAUUCUUCGGUGUGGCCCUUGGAAUACUUUACAGCAGGUUACAACAGUUACAUUUCAAGAUUUGCCAGGCUGUAGUCUCUCCACUCUGGCAGAGUGCACAAAUCUUCAAUUUCUGUCUCUUCAACGCUGUGGAUUAACUUCUUUGCACAGCCUGAGUAACUGCAAAAAACUGAAGUACAUUGAUGCACAGGAAAACCAUAUUGAGACUAUCAACUGUGAAAAUUUGGAAAAUCUCUGUAUUGUUCUUCUUAAUAAAAAUCAACUGACUUCUUUUCAUGGUUUGGAUGGCUGCAGUAAUAUCCAAAAUCUUGAACUUUCACAUAAUAAAAUCACUCGAAUUGCUGGUUUAGAAUCUUUGAAAAAUCUUCAGCAACUAAUUGUGGACCACAAUCAGUUAAUUAGUACGAGAGGGCUUUGUGAUACUCCUACCAUUAUAUACCUGGAUUGCUCACAUAACCAUCUUACUGAAGUCGAGGGCAUUGAAAACUGUGGAUUGCUCCAAAUACUGAAGUUACAGGGAAAUUAUCUCAGUGAGCUUCCAUCCUUGGAGAAUCAUGUUCUACUAAGAGAAUUGCACUUGGAUGAUAACAGCAUUUCAACUGUGGAAGCAUUUUCUUCAUAUUGGCUGCCUUUACUACAAAACCUAACUAUCUCUCAAAACAGCUUAACAAAAAUCAUACCACUUUUUCAUUUUGUUUCUUUGGAAAAACUAGAUGUCAACAACAAUUGUCUUUCUGAUCUUACAAGUGCCAUAAGGUGCUUUGAUGCAUGCUAUUCUCUCCGUGAAUUAUCUCUCACUGGAAACCCACUUCUUCAAGAAAUAAACUGGAGGCAUUCUCUACUUAAAAUGUUACCUGCUCUAAGAAUCCUUAAUGGUGAAAUGCUAAGCUCUUAUUCAGAGAGCCACACUGAAGAACACUAUCAGCUAGAAUUAGGACGUUUCCUGGUGCUUUGUCAGUCCCAGAUCAGAGAAUUCAACUUACUAAGUGAAAACUAUAUUACUGGAAAAGGAAAUGUAUUCACCUUGGAUGCUGCAGAAAAUCUCUGCUGUUAUUUUAAGAAAUUGAUGACACUUAGUAAUGAAUAUCGAUACACACAUGAACAUGAGGAUGUAAGUAUCACCAAGAGAGAUGAAUCAGAAGCCCAGCAAAAUCAUUUGGUGCCUACCAACAGUGAUGGCAUCCUGCAAAGUAGAGUCCUCCACUCCAGUGCAAAUGAACAUAAACUGGACUCGCCAGAUAUUUCUGAGAAACGGAAGGACUCUGGCUCUAGUCACUUCCCAUUAACCAACCUCUCCUUAUGUGAAGAUACUGAGGAAAGAAAUCAGGAAAAAAUAGUAGGCCAGAAAGGAGAAGACAGCAAGGCAGGCGGUAUCCCCACCAAAAGAAUAUCAUCCAUGGAAACAGUAAUGACAAGGUCUCUGCUGAGGAAUUGCCAAAAUAUUGAACAUCAUGAAAAAAUUACUAUGGCAGCUGUGGUAAUCCAGGCACACUGGCGUGGUUACACUGUACGCAGACAGAGUCAUUUCUCUACAAGGCUGCAUACUGCUGCAACAGGACCCCUGACAUCCUGGCCAAAUUCCUGCAUCAAGGAUCAAACUAUUUUAAAAAAAGAAAAAAGAGAAAAUACUGUCAAUAUCCAAGAACAGAGGGAGAAGGCUGCUAUUCUUAUUCAGGCGGUUUGGAAGGGCUUUCUUUUGCGAAAGAAACUGAUGACAGCUCUGGAGGCUAUUAAGAAUGAAGAAUCUGAAGAAGAAUAUGAAGAAAUAGAUUUAGAGGAUUUUACAUUUGAUGAAGCUGCCUUAGAGAAAGAAUGGCUAGCUUUAGAUUCCGCCCGUUUCCCUUCACAAACACUGCUUCUCCCAAACCAGCUGCACUGGCCAAAGUUCUCUGGAACCUUAAAAUGUGAUGAUACUUCACUUAAUUUACCAAGUCAUCCAGCUCAAGCAUGGCUGUGUAAUGAGAAAGAAAAUUUGUUUUCAUCGGAACACACGCAAUUUAGUAGCAGAUCAGAAAAUAGAACUUUGUCCUGGACACCUGAAUCAAAGACCAACAGAAAGAGUUUGCUAAAAUCUGAAAAAGAAGAAAAAAUUUCAGAAGAAUGGGGCUUUAAGGAUAUUUCUACUGCUCAGCAAAUGCUGAAGAGAGCACAGAAAAUGAAAUCAAAGAAAUUAAGGAAAAAAUUAGAUCCCACUAUGCGUCUAGCAUUAUUCAAAAAUAAUGAAAAUAAAGUUUCUGAUACUUACUAUCAAAAAGCAUCAAAGAAGGCACAGCCCAGAAGAGAUGAUUACUUUGAAGGGAAGGAAGAGCAAUUUAUCUACAAGGAUACCACUGCAAAUGAAAAAUUAGCAAGGAGUAAAGAAUAUACAUACCAAUGGCUCCACACACAGGUUGGGGUUCAUGAAACAACUAGUUCCAGAAAUAUGAAAUGCAAUCACUUCUUGCCUGAGUUAGACCCAGAUGUACUUAAUGGUGGAAGAGUUCAGCUUGUGGCAAGACUUGUAAGCAGAGAAGACACAGAUUUAGACCUUUUUUCCAUGACCAGUGGAAGCACUUUGUCUGUGAAGAGAGAAAAAAAAAAUCAGGCACACAGACACUCAGCGGGAUCUUCAAGUUGUUCAAUUAAGGGAAUACUUGCACCAAUGAUAACAAACACAAGACCUUCUAAGAAAGAACGGAUAUCAUUCCGUGACAAUCCUGUACAGCUCAGUGGUGGAUGGGGAAGUGGCAAAAAGAAGGCGAAAACUUCAAACUAAUCCUUCAAGCUUCAGCAUUCAAAACAUAUGGCAAACGGUUUCUUUUCAAGAGAUCUGUGGAUAUCUGGUCAUGUUACCAAUUGGAUACAAGAUUUUAGAGGACUGUAUUUAAUUUGUAUUAUUCUACGUAUUUCAUCAUUUUGUUUUUUGAUGGAGUUAUCUUAUUUCCCAUCUGUAAAAUACAGUUUUGCAGUUUUUCCUGUGUUCAUGUGAAAUGACCUCCAGAAAAUUAAUUCUUG